ACAGUCAUGCACCAAGGGGAGCAGACCCCUAUUGUGUUUACGGCAGCCCUAGGCUUGCUGGCCCUGGUCGCAUACUAUGUGCUUAACAACCUCUAUUACCGUUACGUCCAUCCGUUAUCAUCCUUUCCAGGCCCUGCAAAGGCUGCUUCGUCGAGCAGCUGGAUAUAUAGAAUCAAUGAGAAUGGGUUUCCGGAGGAGGAACUUGAGAGGCUUCAUGAACAAUAUCGUUCGUUCAAUAACCGGAUCCGGCCCGUGCACUUUAUGAUCACUAACUCAUCUCCAGGAACAAAUGCAUUGCGAAUCGGACCAAAUGAGCUUCAUAUAAGUGAUGUCUCGAAAUACAAGAUUAUCUACAGCCAGGCCAAUCCGUUCCCCAAAUGGGGUCGAUUCUACGAAGCAUUCAACUCCCCUCACACGGUAUUUACCGAGAUCGAUGCAAAGAUGCAUAAGGAGCGUCGUCGGCUUCUGAGCCCCGUAUUUUCCCGGGCCGGGGUCUUCAAACUCGAGCCUAUGAUCCAUGACAAAGUGCAGACUAUGGUGAACAAGAUCGACCGCCUACGGGAUUCGACCUAUGUCAAUGUAUAUGAUGCAUUCAGAUGUCUUACGACGGAGGUUAUUACAGAAUUUGCCUUUGCCAGGUCAGCGAAUAUGCUAGAGGAGCAUGACACUGGCUUCGAGUCUUGGUUCCUUACUGCAUUCGAUGCUGUUGCGAACAGUUUAUGGAAGUUGCAGGAAUUUCCUCUUUUGAGAAAAGUUGCCGGGCGUCUGCCUGACAAACUGGUAGCAAGCAUUGAUCCACAGCUUGUGAAUGUUUUUCGAAUGCUCAAGUAUGCUGAAACUUGCGUCAAUCAUUACGAAAUCCACGGCAAUACCACUUCACACCCAGUCGUGUUCGAUAACCUCUCCUCUUUACCUUACCAGCAUAAGGUCACGGAGGCUGUGGAUAUUUUGAUUGCAGGAGCCGAUACAACAGCUUCCACCUUGACAGCUGGAAUGAUCCAUAUACUUUCUAACCCGGAAAUCCACGCCAAGUUGGUUGAUGCUUUGGGUGGUGUAGGUGCAGGUCGCGGUAAUCCGCAGGCUUUUCAGCUGCUUGAGCUGGAAAAGAUUGAUUACUUGACGGCCUGUGUCAAAGAAUCCCUACGAAUUGGCAUGGCAGUUCCCGGACGCUUACCACGAGUCGUGCCCCAUAACCUCGCCCAACCGUUCAUUGUUGACGACAAAAUUGUCCCUCCUGGAUCAAUUGUGUCUAUUUCCGCGUAUACGAUGCACACCAGCCAGGAAAUAUGGGGUCCAGAUGCACGAUCAUUCAAUCCCGAUCGCUGGUUAGGGCACGAGUCAAAGUCUCUGGAUCAGUACCUCUGCACUUUUUCCAAAGGUGCCCGAAUGUGCAUUGGCCAGAAUGUAGCAUUUGCCGAGAUUACCAUAGUGCUGGCUUAUCUCUUCCGAACUUUUAAAGUCUCUUUGCCCCCUGACUUCCAGGCUCCGCAUAGAAGGGAUUUGUUCACGAUGGAAUAUUCAGCGCCAGGCUUGCCGCUAAAAUUCAUGGCUCCUUAA